UCACAAAGGGAGGGGGAGUCUUGUCAUCUCGUACAGGACGUUCAGCCCGCUCUGCAUUCUCCUCUUGUUCUAACACCUCUCUUGGCCUUAACCAUCUUGUUGAUCCCGAAGAGGAGGUGGGGCUCCCAAGGAAGCAGUAGCGAAAUAGCCCUAGCCAUCAGCAUGUGACUACGGAUUCCUGGACAUUAAAGGGUCAACGGCGGAGUGUGGGCUGAGAGUCCCUGGAGACAACCUGUGUGCUUGGGUAGAGCGCAAUCCAGUAGUAAGAGAGAAGGAAGUAAACGUGCUGGGUCCUCUCUCUUUCUGAGAGUGUUUCUUGUGUCCCUCCACUCCUUUCCUCCAGAACCGGCCCAAGACCCAUCACAGACAGCAGGACAGCCCUCCGCUGCCCAGAGCACAGAGUCCCGGACCUCUCCAGGACAACACUCAAGACAGAGAAGGCUCCAGGGGCCACGACGAUGCCUGUCCUUUCCUCCCUACACUGCCCAACUCUGCCAUCCCUGCUGCUGACUCUGCUUCUGGGAUUCACAGGAACUGCAGGUGAAGAGUUCCAGGUGAACCAGCCUGAGAGUUCAGUGUCAGUCAGAGCUGGAGACAUCUUAACACUGGCCUGCAACGUGUCUGCUCACUCCCCAGCAGGGCCUGUCUUGUGGUUCAGGAAGAAUGGGCCAGAACAACAAUUAAUCUACAGUUUCAAUGGCAGCCACUUCCCCCGAGUAAACCAAGUGGAAAACACAGAGGUCAAUCAAACAGACUAUUCCAUCCGCAUCAGUGAUGUGUCACCUAAGGACACGGGCACCUAUUACUGUGUGAAGUUAACAAUAGGGCAUCCUGACAUGGCGUACAUAUCUGGUUCAGGCACCUACGUGUCUGUGAAUGGAGCCUCACAUGAGCUAUACCAGGUGCAACAAGCUGAGAUGACACAGACUGUAUCGACCGGAGACACAGUCACUUUGAGUUGCAGGGUACCAGAUUCGUUCCCCAAAGGACCUGUCUUAUGGUUCAAGGGAACUGGGCCGCACCGGGAAUUAAUCUACAAUUUCAAAGGAGGCAUCUUUCCCAGAGUAAAAGAAAUUGGACGCACCACCAAAGCUGGCAACACAGACUUUUCCAUCCACAUCAGUGAAAUCUCUCUUGCAGACGCUGGCACCUACUACUGCGUGAAGUUCAAGGAGGGGCAACCUGACCUGGAGUUCCAGUCAGGUCCAGGCACUGAGGUGUUUGUGACUAGAACAAGCAGUCAUAUUGCCCCAGGUGCUCCUGAGAGACAUCUUAUGACCAUGAGGGGAACCAAGUUGAGGAAAAAUCUGCUCUAGAGAAGUGCAAAGAUAUAAAGAAUGUGGGUUGACGACAUUGCACCGCCAUAUUGUUCCUGGUUCCAACCCCACUUCUGGACCUCCAGUUAUGGGAGAGAAAACAUCUCCUUGUUAAGCCAGUUUGCUGAAAGUUAGCACUGUCCUAAGGGAUGCCAGGUGAUAAAGUUCCCACGUCCACGGAGCACUAAAGUACGAUUUCAAAUCAU